UCCUUUGCAGCUGCUACUUGGAACCAGCCUCCAUCUUUCCCUCAUUAAUGAAAUCGAUAACUAUGUUCUUCCAUCCCUGCAAACACUUUCAGGAAGAAAUAGUGUGGCUUAAAUUAGGGAAAUUAUUGCACAGUAUUAGAUUACCUUGCUGGAAAAAUACUAUAUGCAAUGUUUACUUAUCCAAUGUUUGUUGCUAUGUUUACGUGUGCUUCAAUGCCAUAUUGGCCUGUUUUUUUUUUUUUCUUCGGAAAUCCCAUCGCUCCACGAAAUGAAGCACAGCCGCAGAAACAGUCGCGUUUCGAGAUAUUUACGGCUUCUUUUAUGAUAAGUAAUUCCUUUCGGGCAUUGCGUCGCUAACGUUUCCUGCAUUGUAUUGUCAAACGCAUAUUGAUGGGACUAGAAUCAGUCGUAACUUCAGGCCAGGCGUGGCCGCCCACACAAUACACGAAGCUUCUAGAAGGCUUCCACCGUCUGCGCAGUAAAGCAGCGUACCCGCUUGCAGACGAUCUACGAAUACGUCCCUGCAACCAAACGACAGGCCACAGAAAUGGACAUGUCACCGCACACACCUUUGAAACCUCAUCAUUAUGAAUUGCGCCACAAAAUAAUGAACCUUAAUGGCAUCCACACAAUCUAUCCGCUUGGACGCGACUUCGCCAACACGUUUACAGGAACAUUCGAUGCGUACGAAGGCCUAACCGUUCGCGUCUUCGGCUACACUCGCGACGCGGGACUGCCAUACGAGAUUGCGAUCGGUAAUGGAAGGGCAUUUUGCUUGAUGAAAUUUUCCCAGCUUAAGCCACUCGGAGCGACAGAUGGCGAGAACAAAUGGAGCAGCGACAAAAACAACCAUGUUUAUGGACCUGGUACAUUCUAUACCUUCGCACUCCGUGCGAUAACGGACAGUUACUAUGGCGAAUCUUUCCAGGCCAUUGUGGAAGAAGAGGCGGUGACUCAUACAACGUUGUUGUGGAAAGGUGCUAGCCACUGGGAGAUCAUGCAGGAUGGCUGCAUGGUGCACCUGUCGAAACACGUUGGAGAUGAGGAAGGCACAACAAAAUUUCCGACAAGCACUGGACUCGAUCCGCUUUUGAACCACUUUGUUUUGAUGGAAGUCGGUACAAUAGCACACUACACCGGGGUAUACAGCGGCACGAGCGAAGUUACAGUCAUGGCUGUGGGCGCCGUGCAAGACAUGGGAAGGCCCAAUCACUCUGGCGUGACCAUAAGGAUAUCAAUAAGGAAGACACUGGACACCUACAUAUUUUUUCCCGACUAUGGUUCCGAGCCGGUCGUGGCAGCCUUCGACGAUCUUGUGUUGACUGGCCACCAAUACGCACCUAGAUUCUCGAAGAACUUCAGCGUAAGACAAGUUCAUAUGGAGGUAUUCUACUAAACGCAUCCUACACGCAGUCUACUUAAUCGCAAAGUGGAUAUUAAUACCAAUAUACUAGCACAAACUGAAUUGCGUAUUGGUACAUGAAGAAUGAAGAAUAUAAUUUUCCCUUAGUAAAUAUUGUCUGCUUCCUAA